GUCAGGGCAUUGAUGUAUUGACUUGCAAUUUGAACUCUAAUAGUUAAUAAACAUGGGAGCACAUAUAUAUAGAUAUUGUAACGUUCAAUGUGAUCUGUCUUUUAAUCCGAGUUACUUUUUUGAAAUACAGUAUAGGUGGCUUUCAUCAAAAGCAAGCGCUCCGACCGAUUCGAAGUCAACAUUUGUGGAAAAGUUUAUUUCACAACAACCUGAAACUUCAGCUAGAUGGCCCAAGUUUCUCUGUGUCUGUUCUGUAUCACAAUCAGGAAAGGUUCAACUUCAUUGGUCCCAAAGGCCUCCUACUCAGAAUGCAACACCGCCCAAAUGGUUUUGCACUAGUAAAGGGCUAAUAGAAUGUGGGCCAAGUGGGAUUAUAGCUGCUGAUGCUAUCAUCACAGACAGUGGUAUGUUACACGUGGCCGGUGUGCUAGCUUUUAGUCCAGCUACCGUUAUAGUAUGGGUGGUUUUGCCUGGACAGGGAAAUGGUCUGGAAUUUUCUCCCAAGACAAGUAUUACAACUUCAGCACCUCUUAGCCCACCCAACUGGAUUGGUUUUGCCCCUUUACCUGCCUUUUUGUUCAGUUGGCAAGAUCAAUCUAUACCACUUCACUGCUCAACAGUUUCAAAUUUUUCAGCAUAUGUGAGUUCUGAAGCUGCACCCUCUACCCAGUGUUGUGGUGUAGCAGGGGUAGCCUUUGAUCCAACGCGUGGUGGUUCUGUGAUAGCUGCUGUUGUAGUUGAGGGGAAGUACAUGUCCCCUCAUGAUCCAGAUGAGAGCCUGUCAAUCACAGGGUGGAGAGUCCAACGAUGGGAAUCAUCUUUCCAGCCUGUUGUCCUCAAUCCAAUAUUUGGAAGUAUGGAUGGAAAUCCUCCUAUGCGUACGGUUUGGGAGUCCAAAGUGGACAUUAGUAUACCAGCAACAGACGAUAAGUCAAAAGGGAUCCAUUUCAAUCCUUUUGAUCUUCCAAAAUAUCUUGGGACCCUCGCACGAGUUGUUUUCUCAGCUCAAGGUGGUGAAAUUGCCGUUGCUUUUUUUCAAGGCCGGGUACGCAUAUUUUCUGGUUCGAAUUUUGAACCUGUAACCAACUAUGAGAUUAAUGUUGGAUCAUCAAUUUCUGUUCCUGCUUUUUCUGCAACAAGCUGCUGUUCAGCUUCUGUUUGGCAUGACACAAGCAAGGGUGAGGCCAUGCUGAAAAUAAUCCGAGUUCUUCCUCCACCUUUUCCAAUUGGUCAAGAGAAAGCAACCUCAUCAACUUGGGAACAUGCAAUUUCUGAAAGGUUCUGGUUUAGCCUUUUGGUUGGAGUUGAUUGGUGGGAUGUUGUGGGUUGUACACAGAGAGCUGCUGAAGAGGGUAUUGUUUCAGUCAACGGUGUUAUUGCAGUCUUAGAUGCGGAUUUUCAUUCCCUUCCUACUGCUCAGCACAGACAACAGUACUGUCUUGGUCUAGACAUGAUAAAGUGCAGGCUACUUGUAGGAUCAAAUGCUCAAGAGGUCAGGGCAACGGUUCUUGAUAUGCAAGCUAGGGUGUUGCUAGAUAUGCUCGGGAAGGGAAUUGAGUCCGCCUUAAUAAAUCCUUCAGCUUUAUUGCCUGAUCCAUGGCAGGCAUCCGAGGAGAUACUAUCCAACUUUGACAUGGAAGAAAUGGCUGUUGAACCUGAACUAACUCCAUGUAUUCAGGCCUAUGUUGAUUCAGUUAUUGAUCUGGCAUCACAUUUGAUCACUCGGUUGCGGCAUUAUGCUAAGAUUUUUCGUACAUUGGCAAAUCAAGCUGUCACUGUAGCCAGCGGAAGCACAUCUGGUGGAGUGCCCAACCUAACUCUUAAUCCCUCCAUCAGUGGUCCUUCAUCCUUAAUGCUCAUAAGCAUUAAUACAGGAACUUUUCCUGGAACACCUGCAGUUCGACUUAUUGGGGACUGUCAUUUCCUUCAUAGGUUAUGCCAACUUUUGUUCUUCUGCUUUUUCUUUAAACGGUCACAACUUGCCCGCUAUAAGAGUGGUUUGCGGAGAACUGCUGAGACAAGUUUGGUUAGGUCAAAUGACGGUCAGACAGGUCGGGAUAGACAGAUUGUGCCUGGAUCAAAAGGAGGUGAAGAACCGUCUCCAGGGCCUGUAAGACUUGGUAAUGGAAAUGCAGGCCAAGGGUAUAGUGUGGAAGAGGUCAAGGUUAUUUUUCAAGUACUUUUGGAUCUCUGUCGCCGAACUUCCGGGCUGCAACACCCCUUGCCGGUUUCUCAGGUGGGGAGUAGCAACAUUCAGGUUCAGCUACAUUAUAUUGAGGGGAGCUACACUGUGCUGCCAGAGGUUGUGGAAGCAUCCCUUGGCCCAUAUAUGCAGAACAUGCCUCGUCUUGGAGAUGCAGAUGACACUGGUCUUCUACUACGCGAGCUACAACUCCACCCUCCAGCAGAAGAGUGGCAUCAACUUAAUAUGUUUGUCAGACCUUGUACUGAUUCAAAUGAUACACCAAAACCCUUUAGGUCAAAUCCACUUGAUUCCAGGUCAUUGGAAAGUAACGAUAUCGAUUAUGGAACCAAUGGCUUGCGGCCAAAGAAGCGCAGGAUGAUUGAGCGAGAUGCAGCUUUCGGGUUGAACACUUCACUCGGUUUGGGAGCUUAUCUUGGAAUAAUGGGAUCUCGAAGAGAUGUCAUUACUACAUCAUGGAAGACUGGCCUUGAAGGGGUCUGGUACAAGUGCAUAAGAUGUAUGAGGCAGACUUCUGCUUUUACUUCCCUAGGUUCCGCCAACAUUCCCCAUCAAAAUGAGCGGGAGAGUUGGUGGGUCAGCCGCUGGGCCUACAGCUGUCCCAUGUGUGGUGGAAGAUGGGUCCGAGUUGUAUAGCUGUUGUUCUUUUGGAACUUGGUAUCCGACUCAAAUAUCGACUAAAUUGUAUAGGGAAGAAGUGAUAUAGAUUUACUUGAUAGGCAGGAUGCGGAGGAUAGUGUUAAAAUCUACCCAAUUUUAUUUAUCUUUUACAAGUUAAGUAUGCUUUUAUAUUUAGUUGCUCUAAUGAGUCUCAGGAAAAAUGAACGAUAAAGUGUUUGCAAAUAACUCAAUUUGGCGCUCAA